CAGCUUCUCUCGAGAGGAGGACCGGUUUCCACUGUCCGCCAUUCUGCCCGCACGGCAGUCUGUCAGCUGCACGUCGGGGGGCGCUGCGCUCGGGAGCGGGAGCGUCGAGCCAGCCUCUGACCACGAUUUUCCCGGUCUUGAUGUGCUGGGCUAUGAUACUAGCAGUCAAGAGCAAAAAGGUUCUACCGAGCUGUUGACCAAGAAACCAUCAAUGCAUCAGUUGCGGCGGCACCAGUCGAGCUUCGUGGUUGCGCAAACGCCAAAUGCUGCGGGGGCCGCACCCACGGGAUCAACAUUUGCUUCUUCCUGUCGGGGUAGAACGGACAGUGGGGACCGCGAUGCCAUCGCAUCAGAAGAAAACCCGGUCUGCACUUCCGAUUGCUUUUUCCGCAUCGUGCACAACGAGCAAGUGCUGUUGCAGCACGGGCAAGAGGUCACGACGACUGGGCCCCUCGUCCAGGAGGACAGCUUAACCGGCAGCAGGGCGACUGGGUACAAUUUCCACGACGACCCGCAGGGGGAGGAGCGAAAUUACGUAAAAGGUGUGCACGAAAAGGCUGAGUAUCUGGUUCAGAUGAAUUGUUGCUCGACGGAGCUGCAGCCACGCGGUGAUCCGUUCACCGAAGCGACGGCUCCACAGCGUGAAGCGAAUAGCACUGGUUGCGUCACAACCUCCACUAGUCUGGUGAUCGAUGGCGAUAGAGAAAGGCAGCGUCAGGAGUUGUUGAACUACAACCAGAACAAGGAUAUAAUUGAUCCGCCGCUGCGGCUCUGCAAAACCAACAGCACGCCUCUGUACGAUAAUUAUCCGGCGACCCAGGAAGUGCUGCAGCAAGAAGCCGGUGCCACCUCGCGGGCGAACAAAAUGCGGACGCAUUCCGACUACUGCAAUGCCCGCGGAACGCCACCGCUGACGGCUGAGCAGCGCGGCAGCUCCCGAUUCGAUACCGUGGUGAUGCGGGGUAGUUCAUCUUCAUCUUCCGCGUCGCCUCUGCCCCAGCCGGCCGGAGUAGCCGAGCCCGCCGGGGGGCCGGGCUGGCAACUGGGGCAGAUGAGCCCGUUAGCGGAGCAGCUGUCGCGCAGCUACACCUCGCGGAGUCCGUCCGCUAUGCUGGGCUCACUGAGCCGAAACUCCUCCUGGAUCUGGAACAACGCCACGCCACAGUCCACCGGGUCUAGUCGGGGGGAAGAGGACGACGCAGAAUUCGACAUGCGCGUCACGAUCGAGGGGGUUUCCCAGGUGCUGCACUUGAGCAGCACCACCGGGAUUAAUAACGCGAUGAAUCCUACUGGUACUAUAACGGCAUCUUCAACUGGGGGAGCAGGAGCUGCCGCCGCGUGCUGGGGAGGCGAUUCCAUAUUUAUCGGAGAGGGCUCUUGUCGUAUGAGCCCCAAGCUGCAGGAGGAUGAAGAGCGGGACGGCGAGCUGCGCAUCCCGGGGAUCGGGGAAACAGGACCACAUGGCGUCCGGGGUUCUGUUACCUCGGUAGUUUCACGCGACGCAGUUAUUUCUCACGCGAGCUUGUUCGCCGGACACAUCAGCGGAGCCUGUGUUGCUACGGUCGAUGACGACGGUCCGCCUACAAGAGACGCCUUGCUCUUAUUUCCAGAACUCGACGGAAGUCACGAGGCGGGGCAAGAAAGAAGUCGGAAGGCAAGUAACGGCACCAGCAGGAGUAGAGACACCCUGGUGGUUCAGAGUCUGGGCGCAACCUCGGAGGUGGAGGUGACAUCAGCAGGACUUGAUGGCCAAGGGUACAACGAUGAGCCUCCCACACUUCGCACCGGGAGGGCUUCGCGGCUGCAGCGAGAACGAAGUGCGCCAAACUGUAAUAAUAUAUCACACGUAAAAGUUGAAGCACCAGGAAAGAAAAAGAUGUCUGUGUGUUAGAGCUUGUAGUUUCAUGAAAAAGGAGGAGCAGCUUCCGCCUGUUCAGCAUGACCCACUUUUAGCUGAUGAUCGCUAUCACUACGUAUGACAAACUGCAUUUGCAUGACAGGACAUCUCCUGUCUCGCGGUCUCCGACCGCAAUAUAGCCAGCCACUGUCCCCAAGUAGGACUGAGGAUUGUUGCGCUUUCAGUUGUAAAUAGCAGGACUUAUGAAUUAGGCACAGGACGAUAUGAACAGCGUAAAAGUACUAUUUUUGUUCUGAUAGGCGGGGUGCGCUUUCGCUUUUCUGCGCGAUAAUAUAUUCGUGGUGAACAAGAAGCGCCAGCGCAGGUGUUCGGCCGGGAGAGCGACCUUGCAGUAGAAAGGCGGAAGGCGAGCACCUCCAGCCUUCUUCGCGACGUGAGCCAGAAGGUGCGCGGCCGGGGUGAUUCUUGUGUGAGCCUGGCUCAGUUGAGCGGCCCGACACGAGAGCGCGCGGCUUCUUCGAGCACGUGCUUCCGCAACAUUGCCAAUUCCCGUUGCCGCCGCAUUUUUCUCGCUCCGACCACGCAGAAUGUGAACGAGUUGGCAGCGGCGGAACUGUACAAUAACCUGGACUUCUCAGCCACAUCGGGCGUAAACGCGCGCGUGUCCACCGGGCUGGCGUCCCUUGCGGUUGACCAACAAGGGGAACACGUGAGCCUGGACUUUGACGGCAGUCUGGCCUGGCGAGAAGAAAUCAUGCAAAAAGCCAAGCCAACAACUCCAGCUCCACAGGAUCAGUUUUGCAGCUCCUCCGCGCCACUCCAUCCGCUCGCGGGAACGUGUAUGGGAGUGUCAGGAUUGAAAUCCUCAAAGUUGAAAUAAUUCCUCAUGCAGAAAUUGCAAGGCAUGAAGUGCCUCUCUUGCAGGGAUUGCAAAUGAGGCCGAUUGUAAGCCUGUUUCGGGUUUGGAAUAGAGCUCCUAAAGUAGCAUGACAAAAGGCGCCUUCUGCCCCUAAACAGCAUGACAAACUGGUUUUAGACGGUGCCGAAAUUUGUCAUGCGCCGCUGGGAAAUUGGGCGUCCAGCUGGUAUCGAUUUUAUGCAUUACAAAUAAUUUGUGAAAGUAAGCAAAAGGCGGCGUAAAGUUGGAUGUGCCCGGGGAUGAUGGUGAUGGCUUCGGUCCGCCUGACUCCGCGACCUGGUGGCCGAACCACGUGCGGUUCGGUGCCCUUACAGGUUGUGUAGUGGUUUCGGUCGGUUUAGCAUUACAAAUAAUUUCAACUUUGACGAUUUCAAUCCUGACACUCCCAUAACGUGCAGCAAAGGCGGAAGUAGCAGUAGCAGCUCCAGGGCACCGUCGUUGGGUGGAGGGUUGGAGGACCUAGGCCAUGUUAGAACAGCACGAAAAGCCUCGGCGACGUCGCACCAAGUAGAGGACGAGAGGAAGCAGUCGGACCACUCCUCCUACCCUCGUUCAUCUUUGCAACCUGAUACUAUUGCAGUCGAGGCCCGGAGUCGAGCCCCCACCACCACGCGCGUCGAGUUCCAUAACGGCGAUGUGUACACCGGCGAGGUGGUGAACGAGCAGCGUCACGGCGUGGGUGAGUACGAGUACGGUCCGGAAGAGAAGCAGAGGAAGAAAUACGAGGGCGAGUGGCGGCAGAACCUGAAAGCGGGGCAAGGAAUUUUGUACUGGCACAACGGCGACUGCUACGUGGGAAACUGGCAGCAAAACAAGCGGCAUGGGUGCGGCGUAUUCCUGUCUUCUUGCGGCAGCGGGCCGCAGAGCCUUCCGGCCUACAAGUACGAGGGGCAGUGGGCGGCAGACGCGCAGAAUGGGCUGGGUAUGGAGGAAACCCAUUUCGGCACCUACUUUGGAAAUUUCGUGCAGGGCCGCCGGCAGGGACUGGGGGUCGAGCGCGUGCUGUAUAGUACUGGUCGGGACGAGCAGCAAGGUGGAGGAGAAAAUAACCCUGGUGGUCCACGACCUCCAACGGAAUUGUUAAAUAAUUCCGCAUCAACAAGAAAUAACGCACCAGCUGACAAACCCCCUCCACCGCAAGGACCGCCGAGCAGUCCAACGGGGUUUUACCUCGUGGAAGAUGGGGUGCGGACACCUUGUGCACUAAACUCGCUGACGGACCUGUUUCGGUACCUGGGCUUCGAUCUGGAUCACGUUCGUGAGUAUCUGGACAUCGAGCAUGACCAAGCCCUACCGCCAUACUAUCUACUGGAAACCCUGCGAAUUCCGAGCUCGUGCAGUAAUUCUUCGAUUUUAUGUUGGUUCUGUAUAUUACCGUUUUGGUUUUAUCAAGCUUGUGCUUUGUUGUACUAGAUGCUUCACGUAUAAUGCUUAUGCAACCACUUUUCCUACGCCUCUCGUCGUCCUGCGCACAGCAAACCACGUUAGAUUUUUUCCACCCUUCACCUUUUCUGCAGGCACGGCCCUCCAGCGCUAUCUCUUCAAGCGGGUCGUGCGUAUGAUGGCUGAAUAUCAACGCGCCGUGUCUCACUCUUUGACGAUGCAGCGGGCAAUUAGUGGCGAGUAUCCCGUGUAAAAGCGUCCCCACCCACCAAGAGUCAAGAUGGAAACUGUGCAACACAAGUCUAGAAGUUUUGGGAGUCAGCACGCGUGACAAGUCUUUUCUAUCUGUAGUGUAGGCCAGGCCAACAAGGACAGCCGUGGAUCACAGAGACGUCUGCUUAUCGUGUUUUAUAGAUACAGCAUUUCAAAUUGUUCCCAAACGGGACUAGUGCCUCAUUUCAUAAAGAUACAAAUCUGUGUGACAAAAAGAAACAAUGAAUUUUCUGGUAGGAACGUUUUUCCUCAGGAUAACGGGGGCGCGGCCUACCAGCCCAAGGUGCCACCAGGGAUCAAGCGCAUUCGGCAGGAUGAAAUCGAAAAGUUGGAUUUUAUAUCCAAGGGCGGGUUCGGAGCGGUGUACAAGGGUCUUUGGAGGCGGAAAGCUGCAACCUCUCCGUACUGCCCUCCGACGGCGUUGGUACUACCUGACAAGUGUGUAGUAGAAGUUGAUCACGACGAAAAUAAAAUCGGAGGCCAGGCAAGAAGAACAAGCCCGGGAACAUCAACAGUGGAAAUAAACAGAACCGCUGCCGGAGGUUCAUCAACAUCAAGCGUGUCCGUACCGCCGAACGGCAGUCGAGCAGGUCUGAGAACUGAGUCGAGCAGAAACCACAAAAGCACGGCAGGGGAGAGCCGGUCCGAUUCGCGACAGCAGUUUUCAUCGCCUAAAACGGAGCAAAAGGUGGACUGCGGCAGCGGGGCCAUCAGAUUUGAUGGAGCAGCGACUUCAUCAUCAUCCUCCGAAACGGUUGCUUGUGCGACGUGCAGCUCCGGAAUAAUUGAGCGCUUUCUGACAAAGUUAUCGGAUCUUCGAGCUGGCGUGAUGAGCAAGGCGGGAGGAGACGAGAAGCAACAUCACGAUGCAGAGAUGAUCGGGCAGCGGCCCGGCAGCGUAGUGCAGUCGGUCACGACGACGCGACCGGUGGCGCUGAAGCAAAUCAUGUCCCUGGUGCCAGCGGCCGCUGGCAGAGCGAGGGAGCACUACCGGCAGCAAAACAGCAAAGCCAGAGGAGCGGGCGAGUUGAGCUGGAGCAAAGUGGAAGAGGUCCGCGUCCGGAAGGAAUUUUUGAAAGAAGUGACCGUGCUGCAAGCGGUCCGACACCCGAAUGUGGUGGAGUUUCUGGGUGUUUGCCACCUGGCGGACAACUCGGGGGAAGAUUUUUUGGUAGUGGAAUACUGCCCCUUCACGCUUUUCAACGCCAUUCACCGAGCGGCGGGCGGUACUAAUUCGUACAGCUUCGCGCUGAAUCAAGUGGACUGCUCGAGCUGCUGGGAUCCGAUUCUAGACCGCUACUUGAGGGCGCCGAGACAUCAUCAUGCCCGCGGCAAAGACGGUGCUGGAAUGAAGAACGUCUCUGAAGAAACGAUGACCAGGAAGAAGGCGGUAAAAACAUCAAGCGAAAAGCAUUUCUACACCAACGACCUCCGUGCGAACAAGCGGCGCAUUUUUGGCGUCGGCCAGGACGUGGCGGAAGCGUGCGUGUACCUACACUCCCAGGGAAUAAUUCACGCUGACUUGAAAUCGCCAAACGUGCUUUUAUAUGCACAGGAAAUUAUAUCGAUCUGGGCGUGGAAGAAGACAGGCCAUUGUCAUGCUUGUCUCAGCUGCGCAACAUGACCGUGCCCGUGAGCAGUGUUAUGCAUGAGCAGGAAAAAAGCCUUCUGGUCCUGCCUGUCGUGCCACAGCGCCGAUAUCCAUGCGGUGGAAAUAGACGAAAGGCAUAGGAGCUCAAAAACUUCUCUAACUUCGCUGCGUGGUGCAGUUUCUGCCCGUAGUUCGCAGGACGAGACUAGCAUCACAACAUUCGUUCCCGACCUGGGUCGAUUUUUUGCGAUCCAUGUUUUGACGCAGGAGUUCACAGCAAAAGUGUGCGACUUCGGGCACGCGGCCAUUCGAAACAAUCCGCGCGCGCACCACAAGCUUGGGACGCCGCAUUGGGCCGCUCCAGAAGCACUGCGCGGAGAAUGCAUCGGGUAUAGAUAUAGUUAGUACUAGUUAGUAGAGAACAAGUACUUAUCUCCGCAAUCUUUUCACCAAAAGAUCAUCCUUUGUUCUCGUUAAUCUUAAGAAGGUGAUAAAAUUUUCACUCUACGUUCGACUAUCGAUAGACGCAAGAUCUGCUUUUUCCGACCCAGAAUCCGCAUCAGUCAAGAUACAUUGUCCGUGUAGGUUCCCUUCUGACGUGUGGAGUGUCGGCGUAAUUUUUUGGGAGAUGUUGCAUCGCAGCGUUCCUUUCCGUGGGCACAGUUUUGGAAGCGUGAUCGCGGCAGUUGGGUGGGGCCGCGUUGGACCAGUGUACGAUACUGGCGGCCCGGGGCGGAAUCCUUCCGAGCGCAUUUGUCUUGAUCUCCAAACCAAAAUUCUUCUCGAUGCGUGUCUCCAGGUCGUAUUCUACAGAAAAGCACACUCAUACUAAUUUUUACCAGAACUCCUGUAGGAACAAUUUUGUGCUGCUAAAUUGGAGGCAUCGCUGAUGAAAAUGACUGAGCGGAGACCACAAGAGGGGCAACAAGUUUCUUGCAUGAAGAAUGCAGUUUGUAGUCCGGUUGAGAAAUAACUUUUACUAUGGGCGUGCUUUUCUGUAGGAUUGGUCGAGGCCGCCGACCGGGCCAGCAUUGACGAGCUUGCUGCGAUGUUUUCCGCCGUCUUGGACGGAGGAGAAUCAGAAGAGGCUUCCCCGGUCGCAGAAGCAGCUGCUCAAUAGAUGAACGACGCAAGGAAAAAACGCUCUCCUGUAGUGUGGGGCAGGAUUGUAGCAGACAAGUAUCGCGAAGGUGAUCAAUUUUCAAGCCACUUGUGGCCGAUUUUUACAGCGGCUUGCGGCUGACCGGGCCACAGAACAAAUCGCAUGAAAAGGAGUUUUUCAACUUGUGUGUAUAGAAUCUGUCUACUAGUACGACUUUUUCAACAACAAUCGCUAGUGUUAUAUCGGAGUGGUUUUAAUACCGGAGGAAUCUCGAAUAUUUUCAGUCAGUCUACUUUUUUGUCAUGCCAAGUUAAGCGAAAAGUCCAAAUGUGAAAGAAUAUUGCACCUACGGAGAAGAUCCCAUAACGCAUUCAUCCGCAGUGUGUCAGAUUAGCGCAAGAUUGAUCGGAGUUAGGUACUUAUUUCAUAGAGGAGUUUUUUGCAUAAAAUCCGCAUAUUGUCCGGGAUCGUGGCAAGCGAUUCUGAGUCCUGCUACGAACGAAUGACCAAACGUAAGCGUCUUACACGAAAAAAAUAAGCCGUUUGGAAUGUUUUUGUACGUAAAACUUUUUUCUGCCUAGCAGAAGCACGCAGUAGC